GACAAGACUCUGCUGGGACAUAGCGAGAGAGACGAUCGAGCAAGCGCUGAUGCAUGAAGGAGGUCCAGAUGUGAGGUGUCUGCACAGCACAAGGCAUGGUGGUGACGAUGUCGCGUGAUGCGCGCUACAAGCAUCGCGUCGAGGACACCUCGACCUUUGUGCUCGAAGCAAUCUCCCUCGGUAUGAUGUCACUCCGCAUCCACGACAGCUCUCUAGCAGGAUGCGAUCCGCCCUUCUCACAGUCGCCGCGGCGCUGACGCUCCUCUGCAUGUUCUCGCAAAGAUUUCACCAAUCUCGCAAAAAUCUCAAGGUCAGCCUGCUCUGCAUCAUGACUCUGCGCUCAGCCACAACUUCGUCCCAGCAAUAUGGAUGGGCCAAUAUCAGCUCGUUCGAGCCAGUCCCGAGUCUUGAAGAUACUCCCGGCCGCUCAACAAUCGCGGGGCUCGCAAAGCGCGCAGACAUCAGUAUUGAUAUUCCAGACGUAACAGUGCCUGUCCCUGAUGGCACUUUAGCCUAUGGGGGCUCAUCGGGCAGCUCAGACAAUCCAGGUGGUUCAUGUGGCGGUGGCGGAGGUGCUGCCGGUGGAGGAGAAGGCGGUAGAGCUGGAUGCGCAGUGCCGAUCGUGGUCUCAUCCUUUGGCUCUGCUCCCACGUCGGUCUAUGUGUCGACCCCCGCAAGCGAGACGCUAGCUCACAUCGAAACAACCACGGCAUCGGGCCCCAGUGCAAUGUCUUCGACAAUCGUCGUAGCAGCAGCUACGAAGUUGGCCCUGCACAUCACCCUUAGCGGCCUUCUCGUGUUUACCCUCAUCGCCACCCUUAUGCUGUUGUAG